AUGCAGUCUUUUGCCUUUCAUUUCAAAAAGACACUACAUUUUCUCCGAGUUGAUGGUGUUGAAUAUGGAGAUCAGUGUGGAGGACUGGCUCUUUCUGUUGCUGCGCUCGAGCGAGGCCUUGAUCUGAUCAUAUCCAAUGAUGUGUCUCCGACUGGAAUGAAGGCAGUGACAAACACCGAUAGCAAGAAAAAACGAAGCCUUGCUUUUGCCGAAGCAAACUGGGGUAAGAAAGUAAGGAAGUGGGUUGAGACGGCUUUACUUCUCAAACCGGAACAUUGGAGCAGAAUCCAAAAUGGAGCUGUAGAUAUAUUAGCAGCGUCAAUGGGGGAGCUGGGUAGUAGCGAAGCUGAGGAGGAUAUUGCUACUGAUCCUCGCUUGAUGAUUGGAUUAGAUGAUUAG